UAUCGUGCAUGUACAUAAGCAUAUCGUUCAAGCUAUUUUGUAGGAUUUCCUCUGAAUAUCAGCUCAGUUCAACUGGUCGGCGGAUCAAGCGCAUUCGAUGGACGAGUAGAACUGCGUGUUGAAGAAAGAAUUGGCACAAUCUGUCCAAAUAAAUUUGAUUUUGAAGAUGCACAAGUCCUUUGCAAAAUGAUAGGAUUGAAUGCCUCUUUGUUCAACGUUGACUAUCAAUACAGUGAACGCUAUCCUAUGAUACGCGAUUUACGAUGCUCCGGUCAAGCAAGUCACAUAAACAACUGCACCUACACAACUCCAAACUCCCUCAUUAGCUUCGAAAAAGGAGCUGUCACACUAUUGUGUACAGAAUGUGGUCGCGUAAACUUAUCUGGAGUUAUGGAGAUAUAUAAUCACACCACCAAAAAGUUAACAGUUCGAUGUCAUAAUAACAGGUUGACAUAUGUUCAAUACACCUGCGAAAACAAUGGAUCUUGGAGUUACACCGAAGAGUGCAGACCUGUGGUAAUCCAAGACAUACACCUAGUUAUCCAGAGCCAAUUAUUUCUAUAUAAGGGUUCGGUGGAAUUGAAAAUCAACGACGUAUGGGGAACCAUUUGUGACAAGAUGUUGUUUGGAGCGGAAGAAGAAACUGUAGUAUGCAGAAUGAUAACUGCUAGUAACAGUUCAAGUGCUGUCCUCGAAAGAAGAUCGGGCAAUGUACAUAUUUCCAAUUUGCUUUGCUCAGGAUAUGAAAAGGACGUGAGUGCGUGUUUGUAUCGGUCUUCAGAAAAUUGCAUAGAUGCUUAUUCGGAUGCUGUUGUUCACUGUGAAGGUAGACCACUUGUCAUUCAGGAAAUAAGACUCGUAAAUGGAAGUAGCAACAAUGACGGACGAGUUGAAAUAAAAGUGUUUGACACUUGGGGCACAGUAUGCGAUGAUGGUUUUGGAAUUGAAGAAGCACUUGUUAUUUGCAAAAUGUUGGGCUUUCCUUAUGCCGUGGGAUUCAAUACAUCAUACCUCGAGGGAACUGGCCCGAUCUUUGUUGAUGACAUGGCAUGUGGUUCCGAAAGUUCUCAUAUCAAUGAUUGCUACUAUGUAACCAAGCACAAUUGUCAUCAUACCGAGGACACAUUAGUGACAUGUUCAGAAUGUCCCGUCUUGACUGUAUCGGGUGGUUCGCUGACAUACAACUCUAACAGAACAAUAGCAACACUGAUUUGUGACGUUGGUAAAUCAAUUUUAAACGCCAGCACAUUCUUUUGCAAGGACAGACAGUGGUCGUCGCAAAAUGCAAUUUGCCUUACCAACCCACGCCUGAAUAUAACGGAUGUUCGCCUUGUUGACGGGCCUAGUUCUAACGUAGGCCGUGUGGAAAUUGCUUUGGGAGGAGUUUAUGGAAAAAUAUGUGACAUCUAUUUUGACUACGCCGAUGCUGAUGUAAUAUGUAAAUCAUUAAACUCAAGUUACAGAGCGGCUUUGUACUUUACUGACGUAAGAUAUGACGAAGGAUCCGGCCCUGUGCACAUUGAUCAACUGCAUUGUUCUGGUUCUGAAACUUCUCUUGAUAAAUGUCUGUAUGUAAACAACGGACAAUGCAAUCAGAGCCGAGAUGUGUCCUUGCUAUGCAAUAGCAAGUGA